CACCGUCACACUACCACCACAAGCCCCAAAAGAUAGAUAGGGAGAGAGGGAGUGAGAGUGUGCCAGAGAUAGGGACAGACCAAGAUAUAUAUAGAGAGAGAGAGAGAGAGAGAGAGAGAGAGAGAGAGAGAGAGAGAGAGAGAGAGAGAGAGAGAGAGAGAGAGAGAGAGAGAGAGAGAGACACACAGAAUUAGUUCAUGCUAGCAUGCCUGCUUACUCCACCAACAUGAGGCUGAAGUUUCCCAUCCUGGCUCUGACUCUGGAGAUUAUCACCAUCAUCCUGUUUGCUGUGUUUGUGGUCUACGAUGAUGGGAAACACGGGGGGCACGGAGCCCACAACAAUGCCACACACCAUGAGGAGACGACAGAACAGAAUCCUCUGACCCUCUACCCCAUGUUCCAGGAUGUCCACGUGAUGAUUUUCAUUGGCUUCGGCUUCCUGAUGACCUUCCUGAAGAGAUAUGGCUUCAGCAGCGUGGGCCUCAACCUGCUCCUGGCCGCCUUCGCUCUGCAGUGGGGUCUCCUCGUGCAAGGCCUCUGGCACCUGGAUGAAGGAAAGAUCAAAGUCUCCAUCUUCAAGAUGAUCAAUGCAGACUUCAGUACAGCCACGGUUCUGAUCUCGUUCGGGGCGGUCCUGGGAAAAACCAGCCCAGUCCAGCUCCUCAUCAUGACCCUCCUUGAGAUCACCAUCUUCGGCAUCAAUGAACAUCUGGUGGCCGAAGUCCUGAAGGCCAAUGAUGUUGGGGCCUCCAUGAUUAUCCAUGCCUUCGGGGCAUACUUCGGUCUAGCAGUGGCCCGCAUGCUGUACAGGCCAGCUCUGGGGAACGGUCAUGAGAACGACGGCUCUGUCUACCACUCUGACCUCUUCGCCAUGAUCGGUACCGUGUUCCUCUGGAUGUUCUGGCCCAGUUUCAACUCUGCCAUUGCAGAACCCGGUGCUGAUCAACUCAUGGCUGUCACCAACACCUACUUCUCGCUGGCUGCCUGUGUGCUCUCCGCCUAUGCCGUCUCCAGCCUGGUGGAGCACAAAGGGAAACUGGACAUGGUCCACAUCCAGAAUGCCACUCUGGCCGGAGGUGUUGCCGUGGGAACCUGCGCUGACAUGAAUAUCGGCCCUUUCGGUGCCAUGAUCAUCGGAUUCGUGGCUGGCAUCGUCUCCACCCUGGGUUUCAAGUUCCUCACUCCCAUCCUGGCAUCCAACCUGGGCAUCCAGGACACCUGUGGCGUUCACAAUCUGCACGGCAUGCCUGGCAUCCUUGGGGGUAUCGCUGGCAUUGUGGCUGUCGCUCUGGGAAAGAAGGAUGGGAGCGCUGUCAUGCAGGCUGCAGCCCUGGCCUCAUCCCUUGGGUUCGCUUUGGUUGGAGGAGCCAUGACAGGUCUGAUAAUGAAACUUCCAUUCUGGGGACAGCCUCCAGAUCAGAACUGCUUUGAUGAUUCAAUCUAUUGGGAGGUUCCUGAAGAGGAAGAGGGCGAGGAGAGCCUGGCUCACGGAGACCAUUCCAUGAACAAAGCAGAGGCCUAAAUCUCCUGCCCUGUGCUGCAAAUACAUUAUCCACAACCCUUGGAGCUAUCAUGAACCAGACAUUAGACCUUGGGUGUAUGUUAAUAUUCUUAGCUGGCUUCCUCUCCUCGUCUACUCUCCUUCGUUUAAGUGGUGGAUCCCUACCAGGACUUCCUGCAUAACCUGUCUAAUGUCUUGACCAUCAGUGCUGACGGAGAGAAGGAGAGGAAGCCAAGUUAUGCUAUUGAGAUCAACCCAGAAUGACCAGUGCUAUCAACUUGUCAGUUGUUUUUACCCAGAGCAUAAAUGUUUUGAUUUGAGAUCAUAUCAAAUCAUAUUUGAAGUGGUUCAAGCUACCUUAUUUACACAUCACUAAUUCAAUCCGAACAGCAAGGAAGCUCAAACUACGUCCUCAUUGUGUAUAGAUUUGUAUUAAAUAUUUUAAUCUUUAAUUGAAUAGAAUAGGUCCACUGAAAAGCAUUUGGGGAAGAUGUUAUAGCUCAUUAUAAUUCCAACUAAAGUGUAAGAGGUAGGUGUGUUACAUACAAAACAUGUAUUAUCAGGUCUCAAUGUAAUUGAAAUAGCAUUGUAAGUAUUUUUGUUUACAGAAAAUCAUAUCAAACCUUACAUGCUUGCCGAGUUUUGGAUGUGUUAGUCUGAAAAUUGAUUUCAGCGAAGCAGCAUUUUGAUAUAAAUGCCCCUUUAAUAACUUGCAUAUAAGCAUGAACUGUUCUUUCACACAUUCGGAGGAAAGACUUUCAGGGAUUUAUUUUUUUAACUGAAUUUGAUGACCAAUAAUGUGCCACUGUUCUGAGCCACUGGAAACAGUAGAAACAGUAUAGAAAUAGUAGAGACAGUAUAUCAAGCUGAAAUGCAAUUAUAUCACCAAUCCUCCUCAAAAUGUUAACAGACAUUGUAUAUUUUUCGCCAUCCAACUGACAUAACCGAUAUUGUGUGGUAAGCCUUGUUUCAUGAAGAGAAUCAACUGCUACUUUGGCCUGCUGCAGAGCAAGUCCGACUCACUGGAGCCCACUACUCCUGCUGGAGAGAAUCUGAUCCCAGACCUGUGAAGUAUAGGCAGUAUCUACCCGCUAGGCACAGAUAUCAUUUCAACAUCUAGUUUUGAUUGACAUAUUUUUGAGUGGUCAACUAACGUGAAUUUAACGUGAAAUCAACAACAACAACAAAAAUACAUCAAUCAAUUUAGGUUAACAUUGAAAUCCCUUUACCUUGAUGACAUUUAGCUAAUCCAAUCAGUUUUCCACGUUGAUUCAACGUCAUCACAUUACAUUUUUUUGUUGAAAUUAUGUGGAAACAACAUUGAUUCAACCAUUUUUGGCCCAGUGGGUAAGGGAUAGUAUUCAUCAAGCGUCUGAUAUUGGGGUGCUGAUCUAGGAUCAGUUUUGCCUUUCUAGAUCAGCACUUCUAAUCUGAGACGCUUGAUAAAUAUGGGACCAUGGCUCACAGCGAUUGGCGCAGGGCAAGGAUUGGUCCUGCAUUAAACUACUCUCUGUGUGCUCCCAACACUCUGUGGUUUUCCUUCUUCAGCCCCAGUCACCUCAAAGCUAAAGUAGAGUGUCUUCCAUUUUAAUUUUUCCCUCUAAGUUUUUUCAAAUACAGAAAGGCUGCAUUGAAAUCUGACACGUCCAAUUAAAAACCGGAUAGGCUACAUGUCACAAUUAUAAUAUGGAUACAGAAUAAAUGGGGCGUGACAAAGAUAGUCACUGAUAAGCUUUCUUUAUUUCUUUCACUUCUUAUUGUAACCUCUUCAUGUACAGUGUAGUUAGUUACACAAUGGAUAUAGUUAGUUUCUCUAAAUCCCUGCACCUAGGACUAGCAAUUGGUACAGUGUGUAUCAGAGAAAAAAGUAUGUCUUUAUAUAUUUCAAACAUUUUGUUGAAUAAAGCGAAGGCUAUACUUUAGAAUGCAGGAGGAAAAUAGCCUGCAAUAGUUCCUGUACUAGACCAUUGUUGCAAGGAAAGAUUAAACUGACUACAGAUAGAUAAAUAGCCUAGUAUUUCAUUUGGCUGAUGUAGUAGCCAACGUGUGAUAUAAACGUAGGCCUGAAGCUUAGUACACCAGCAGUCAAGACUUUGUUGAAAUUAUUGACAUGGCAUUAGCUUUUUAGGUUACAUAAAAUGAAUAUGUAUGACACUGUUGUUAAUGUAUAAAUACUAAUACUGCCACUUAUAAAUAUGAUUAUAUAUAAUAUCA